CUAGCAGCUGAUAAAAACCUUCCAAAUGUUCAGCAUAAAUAUGCAUUAUCACUUUUAACCACUGAUGGAAAAAUAUUACCUGAUCUUAAAGAAAAAUUUUUUAAGUAUCUUAGCAAAGCAAAUGACAGAAAUUACAUUCCAUCUAUGUAUCUUUUAG